AAAUUAGAGCCAGGAACAGGGAAGGAAAACAUUUUUUCAAACCUGAGAAUCUCCGCUUCAUUGUCGAAGCUUGCUGUUUAUAACACAAAGGUGUCAGAAAUUGUGAGGCUAUUUAAAUCUCUUUGACUAUUGAUAUCACAUUGGGAAAAUAGAGGUUAAGUGUUACUGAGUAUUGUUCUGAUCUUUCAUGACUACUGGGACCUUCUAGGAUCUCAGUUUCAGUUUGGCAAUGGCUGUUGCUGGUUCCUUGCAAUUGUCCCAUGAUUUGGGACUUCGCAAGAACCAGGGGUACAAGAAACGAUAUAAGAGUUUACUGAGUAGGGGCAACCUACCAUUAUUGAGCACCACACUCUCAUCACGUGCCUCGUUUCGGCAAUGGGAUUCUUGGAGUAUUCAUUUAUCGGACAAUCUAUAUAGACCAUUAUGCGCUGUGUCAUAUAGAAGUAAUGUAUUUAGGUGCCAUUCUUUUCUAGUUCCAGGCCAAGCAUUUCAACUUCCUGGUAUGAAGGCCACUUCCAUGGCAUUGUCAAGGUCAUAUAAAGCUUUAAAAAGCAGUCCAGUCAUAUUGAAGUUGGCUCCUGCAAUUGGUGUUAUCAUAUUUGCUGUAUGGGGACUUGCGCCAUUCAUGCGCCAAAGCAGAAAUUUGCUACUAAAUAAGAAUGAUAACAGUUGGAAAAAGAGUGGCACAUAUUAUGUUAUGACCUCUUAUGUUCAACCUUUGCUACUGUGGACUGGUGCAACACUUAUCUGCAGAGUGCUGGAUCCUGUUGUUCUGCCUACGGAAGCUAGCCAGGUUGUUAAACAGAGGCUUUUGAAUUUUGUAAGAUCACUGUCAACUGUGUUGGCUUUUGCCUAUUGCUUAUCAAGCAUGAUUAAACAAGUUCAGAAGUUCUUCAUGGAGUCUAAUGAGCCCAGUGAUACAAGAAAUAUGGGUUUCCAAUUUGCAGGGAAAGCUGUAUACUCUGCAGUGUGGGUAGCUGCUGUUUCACUUUUCAUGGAGUUGCUGGGUUUCUCUACCCAGAAGUGGCUCACUGCUGGAGGUCUUGGAACAGUUUUGCUGACCCUUGCUGGCCGUGAGAUAUUCACAAAUUUCCUCUCAAGUGCAAUGAUUCAUGCAACUCGACCUUUUGUUGUGAAUGAGUGGAUUCAAACAAAGAUUGAAGGCUAUGAAGUUUCUGGUACUGUUGAGCAUGUGGGUUGGUGGUCGCCAACAAUUAUAAGAGGUGAAGAUCGUGAAGCAGUUCAUAUUCCAAACCACAAGUUCACAGUGAAUGUAGUGAGAAAUCUCAGUCAAAAAUCUCAUUGGCGUAUUAAAACCCACCUAGCCAUUAGUCACUUGGAUGUUCAUAAGAUUAAUAAUAUUGUUGCUGAUAUGCGCAAAGUCUUGGCUAAGAAUCCUCAAGUUGAGCAGCAGAGGUUACAUAGAAGAGUAUUUUUGGAUAAUAUCAGUCCUGAAAAUCAGGCUCUCCAGAUUUUGAUAUCCUGUUUUGUGAAGACUUCACAUUAUGAAGAAUAUCUGUGUGUGAAGGAGGCUAUACUGUUGGACCUUCUAAGAGUCAUCAGCCAUCACCGUGCUCGACUUGCUACGCCAAUUCGAACUAUUCAGAAGAUAUAUAGCGAUGCUGACUUGGAAAAUGUUCCAUUCGCGGAUGCUAUCUAUAACCAUGGUGGAGUGGCAUCCAACCGUCCUUUGCUACUAAUUGAACCUUCUUACAGAAUCAAUGGGGAAGAUAAAGCGAAAUCUCAAACUCGUUCUGGGCGCGGAGUUGGAGACCAAGAAAAUAGGGCUACACCAAGGUCUUCAUCUGACACCAAAACAGGAGGUAACCCAAAGUUAGAUCCCAAAGCCAAAGAAACACCAAAAUCUGACCCUAUGGUGGAUGCCAGAAUUGGUGAAACACCAAAUUCCGAUGCCAAGGAACGCACACAAGCUGCAACAGCUUCCACCUCUGAUCCCAGGGUUGGUGAUAAAAUGCCAGUGAAAUCAUCACCUAAUUCUGUCCCCAAGACAUCAAACCUUGCAGAAGCAUCAAUUUCUGAACCCAAAGCAGCAGGCUCAGUUUCCAAUAAUGUGACACAAAACAAAAAGAUCUCCGACAGCAAGAAGCCUAACAAUGUGAGUCCUGGGAAUACAAGACAGAAUAGCCAGCUUGAUAAUCUUUCAGUUUCCUUAUCAGAAGCCGGUACUGACGAAGCAAGUGGAUUGCAGCAAUCUUCCCCAUUGAAACUGGGAGCACAGAGACAAACAGUCACUCAGUCAUCAGUGUCAACACCUGCACUGGAGGAAAAUAUAGUUCUUGGUGUUGCUUUGGAGGGCUCAAGGAGAACUCUUCCCAUUGAGGAAGGCAUGGCUUCCCAUUCAUCUCCAGAAGAGGCAAAGAAAAUGGCUGCCGCAAGCAGAAAUGGAACUGCAUCUCCAACUGGUGAGGAUGGGAAAGAUGGUCAAAGUCCAAUCCCUCCUAGUUCUACAUCCGACCAGUGAAAAUCAUCUAAACUAAUAUUUGCAUAUAUGCUGAACUUUGCCCUCUGAACUAACUUCUUCCUGGAACCUUCUCUUUAAAGCUCUUUCAUACAUUGUACAAGUUCAGGGUAUAUCGUCCAUGAUUAGAGCACUGUAAUUAUACUCUUCAACCUCACAUUGUCGAUACAGCAUAUAGAAAUGUACCAUUUUCCAA